AUGAACCAAUCUUCUGGUUUUGACGUGGUGUUUUCAUCAUAUGAGACUCUGGGCCCACGGAAACAUGUUUUGACCACUUUUAUUUUCUUAUUUUACUCUGCUGCAACUUCAGCAAACAUAUUUAUAAUGUUUGUUAUCUAUAUAGAAUCAAGUCUCCAUAAACCAAUGUAUAUAUUUUUGUUUAACUUGAUCUGCAGUGGACUGGUCGGAAGCAGUGCAGUUUGGCCAAAAGUUCUUUCAAAUCUUCUCACUGAUGGGUACACUAGUUCAUACGAAGGUUGUCUUCUCCAGGUCUAUUUGCUUAGUAUUUAUGCUGCUUGCACUUACUCUACUUUAACUGUCAUGGCCUAUGAUAGGUAUGUAUCCAUUUGUAAGCCAUUACAGUACCAUAUUAUCAUGAAUCCAAGUAAAAUUAAGAUGUGGUUGAUAUUAAGCAACUUAGUCCCUGUUUUCACAAUAGCCGGUCAAAUAUAUUUGACAUCAAGAAUACCCUUAUGCAGUCAUACUCUUAAUAAGCUAUUUUGUGAUAACCUUUCAAUCAUUAACAUAUCAUGUGGUGCAAGUAGUCUCAGCCUCCUAAGCAAUGUGUAUGGUUUACUUAUAAUUGUGUGUUUAUCACUGCUGCCUACAUGUCUGAUAUUACUGUCUUAUGUUAAAAUACUUUCUGUUAGUUUGAAAGUGUCAAAGGAUGGUCAAAGCAAGGCACUUGGAACGUGCAUUCCCCAUUUGAUCAUCUUCAUAAACUAUUCUAUUGCAACUGUGUUCUCUGUUAUAUAUAACAGAUUUAAUGUGCUAAGGCCUAGUGAAAUGAAUGUAUUUAUAUCAGUCCAAGUAACACUGUUGCCACCACUUUUGCAUCCAGUAAUAUAUGGUGUUAGAACUAAAGAGAUAAGAAAAUGCACAGAUAAAAUCACCAGAAGACUGUGUGCUUCCGCAAACUGUUAUUAUACUUCAAAAUUAAAAGUACCAAAAAUAUUUGCCAUUUCUUGA